CUUUCAGCAUCAAAACGACGUCGUUUUGAUGUAUCUGGCGUCAAAACGACGUCGUUUUGGAGGACUCCUUCCAAACCCUCCCUCUCCAGCAACUGCAGCCCGCCCCCAACGCGCAGUGACAGGCUCCCACAGCCGGCCGUUUCACCUCAAUGGCAGUCACAGCUCUACUUCCUCCUCUAACAAUGGCAGCAAGAGCAUCAAGUUCCUCAAGAAGACUCUCUCCUUCACAGACACUAGUUCAAUGCUUUCUACCGAGGUCGUCCCAAAAGGGUUUCUGGUCAUGUGCGUGGGGAAGGAGCUGAAGAGAUUCAUCAUCCGGACAGAGUAUCUGGGUCACCAAGCAUUUGGGUCUACUGAGGGAAGCUGAAGAAGAAUCGGGUUUCAGCAGGAGGGUGUGCUCAAGAUCCCAUGUGAAGUGGCUGUGUUUGGGAGGAUCUUGAAGGGUGUGCUCAAGAUCAGAUCAGAUUUCCUCAGAUUGUUGCUUGUCCCACCCAAUUAGCGAUUUAAAUUUCAAUUUGUAAUAAUAAAUUG